GGGUACUUUAAAGAUUAUUGAUUGCUACGUCAUGAUAUGGCGCUUUGGUGUGUUUGUCCGUCCGUUACAUCCGGUCAUCCGUCCGCCGGUAAAUACGUACGAUACCAGGUACUAGGUACCAGGUAACACACGUAUGUAGACACGCGCCCUGCGCGGUAUUGGCUUCUCCACACCCCAGGAUCUAUCAUACCAGGAUGUUGCUCUUUCCUUUGAGGACUCUCCGGGAUAUCGCGCUUGUUUAAAACACCCUAGUCGAGAGGAGGGGAGAAAAAAAAAAGUGGAAAUGCGACGACGCCAAGCUCGUCGGUGAGGCGCAUACGUGAGGCGCAUACGUACUACGCAUGUGCGUACAUGUACAUACAUGAACAUAGUAAAUGGUCUGUUCAACCCGUGUACAUGAUGCGCCAUGCAAAGUACAAGAAACCCACAAUACCACCGAGCGCCAAAUGCGCCAAACAGAACAUGACCAAUGCAGAUGAUCUCCAGCUCCAGCCACGUGGCUGGAAACAAAUCAAGGAGAGAGAGAGGUAUUGUUGAAUGACAUAUGCAGAGAGUUGGUAAGGAAAUAAAAAAGAGGCAGAAAACAUUGCUCUUAAUUGAGGAAAUGCGAAUAGUGACCUGGCACUCUUUGUCGGCAUUUUUCGCAGUCGUCCCGAUAGCCCAUGCUGAAACGGCC